GAGAGAGAGAGAGAGAACACUUGUUUUUUUUGUGGUCUGACAUCACAGCAUGUUCAGAGGAAAAGAGGGUCUGGCCUUUUUUAUUCUCCUCUUUGUGUGGAUUAAUAAGAGAAAACUGUUUGGUCUGCACUGAUCCUUUGGGGAAACAUUGAACUAAUCAGUCGUCAUGGCAAAUACAUCCAUCAUCCUCUUGUUGACUUUACUUGUGGUAGGAAUGGCAGAAGGACAGAAACAGCAGAAAAAUGGCAGUAACGUUACAGGCAUUAUCAGCCCAAGAACGUUCCAGGGUCAUGCCAUCCCCAUUCAGCUUCCUCUUCCUCAAAAUUCAACGGAAAUGCAAACACGUUCCUUUGGAGCUGUUGGUCCAGCCCUUGUACUGUCGACCAACAGCAGCGCCUCAUACCUCAGGAGUUCGUUGAGUACCCGAGCCAUCCCGUCGAUCUACGUGGUGGUGAUUGUCAUCGGAGUCCCUGCCAACAUUGCCAUUUUGGUCUCAAUUGGCACCAAAGUACGUGUGGUAUCUGCUGCCAUCUUAUGCUGCAGCCUGGCAGCUUCAGACCUUCUUCUCUUGCUCAGCCUCCUACUCAAGGCGCAUUAUCACUUUUCGGGGAACAACUGGACGUUUGGCGAAGCUGCAUGCCGUCUCACCACCGCCUGCUUUUAUGGCAACUUGUAUUGCUCAGCAAACACUCUAGCAUGUGUGAGCAUCAAGCGCUACCUAGCUGUGGUGCACCCCUUCUUUUACAAAAGCCUUCCCAAGCGUUCCUGCACGGCCUGGACUAGUUUAGGUGUGUGGCUUGUGUUUUCAUUGGCAAUGUUGCCCAAUCUUCUUGUUAAUCAGAGCUACCACAUCCCUCAGCUGGGUAUCACCACAUGCCAUGAUGUCCUUCCUGUAGAUGUCAGUGCUUACAACUUCCUGGUGUAUUAUGCCAUAGGGUUAACAUUAUUAGGCUUCCUGCUUCCCCUGUUUGUAACCGCAGCGUGUUUUGCCUCAAUUGUAUGGCAUUUGAACCGUUCACACCAUGACUGGAGCGUCUACAUCAAGGCCAGCACUUUGGUUUUUCUCAUCUUCAUCAUUUGUUUCAGCCCAAGCAGCUGCAUACACUUCCUACACUACGUACGCAUAUACUCGAGCGGAGACGACAAUUUCUACACCUACUUCAAUGUGGUGGUCUGUCUCUGCUGCCUCCAUUGCUGUUUGGACCCAUUUCUGUUUCUGCUCAUGUCUAGGACAACAGGCUCCAGGCUUUACUUUAUGACUCGCAAGGGAAAGAUGCUCAGCGUUUCCACUUAAAUUCGAACAUUUGUCUAUACUAAUGCCCCUUUAUCGAACUGCCUUCUUAGAGUAAAGUGCCGAGACGUUCGGUUCUAAAUGAUGGAGAAGUUCAUUUCUGGACCAGAAACAAACAAAAAUAAGAAACCAGCAAGAUCCAUUGCAUCUGGUAUCCUUGAAGUUUUAUGAUCAUUAUAUGUUUAGAAACUUUUUUCGAUGAUAACCAACAGAAUGGAAAAACUGUGUGCUAAUCCCAAAUAAAAUAGAUGCGAUGUGUAUUUGUGUCAAUAAGCACAUUUGGAUAUGGGAGUAGAAUCAGUUUUAAUUUUAGUUUUAGUUUUGUGGGGUUUUUUUCUUUUUUUUUUUUUUGUAUUAUCUCUGCAACAGUGGGAAAGUGGAAUUAGCAUUCAGAUCGGGUGUGUAAAGACUCAGCUAUUUGGUUUCAAAUGGUUAUCCAUUAUACAUGGACAAAACAUGGAGAGCCAUUUGAAUAGUCAGGACUAUAAAGGGCACAUUGUACUACUGUGAUUUGUGUGUGUGUGUGUGUGUGUGUGUGUGUGUGUGUGUGUGUGUGUGUGUGUGUGUGUGUGUGCGCGUGCUUAUAAAGCGUGGAGGAGAAGGUUUUAAAAAGUUCAGCUCUACCCUUGUUAUGAACGGGAAACCUGUAUGUAAAUAUCUUUAUGCUGUAGACAAACUGCACUUUAAAAUAAAAAAAUAUAUACUAUCACUGAUUUCUUUUUAGGCUGUGUUGUAAUCGAGCUCUUACUUUACCACACACAAUAAAUGUAUAUCAAUCUCA